AUGCUUUAUUUACUCUUUGGUGCAUUUUUGUUCUUUCAGUUGGUAGUCUCCAUGGAUAUUACUCAAAAUACUGUUGUACGUGGUAUUAAUAAAAUUGAUUAUGGUGAUACUGCCAUUUUUUCAAACUUCUACUUAUCUAUUUUCGAUGUAAAAGAAUUUUCAAUAGAUGGAUCCCUUGAAGUUCAGACAAAUGCUGGUUUUUAUAUCACCCAGACAUCUUCUUCGACCCCCCUUGAUAUUCUUGUGUCCUCUGAUACUGGAAUUGUUAAAAACAAUGGGAUUAUUUCAUUUAAUUCCCAAGCUUCUUCGGAAAAAUCUAGUCAUCAUUUUCUAGUUCAAAAAUUUACCAAUAAUGGUGAAUUGUUUCUAAGUGACUCUGGUAUUGGAGAUACCUUUAUGAAUAUAGAUGCUCAAGACUUCGACAAUGAAAAUUUAAUAGUAUUUUAUCAAAAGCAAAGAACUUCAGGAUUGGCUUUUUUUGGAGAUAGAGGUGGAAUAAAGAAUAACAAUGGAAAUGUCUGUGUUUUCAAUAACAUCUUUCAAGUGAAAUAUGGUAUUGACGGUUCUGGGUGUAUUACUGCUCAAGAAAAUUCACUUCUCUACUUUCCUGGAAACCAUGAGUUUUCAGAAAACCAGAGUUUAUACUUAGUUGAUGGUGAAUCAGCAAUUAUAUCUUCAUUUCUGACUCCUCCUAAGAAUUUUAACGUUUAUGGUUUUGGUAAUGGUAACACAAUUGGUGGAGUUGUGCCUCUUAACGGAGUUGGUUUACCACCAUUUGAGUAUAAUUCUACAACCGGUAUCUUGACUUUACGGUUUGCUUUGGUUUCCCAAACUUUCCAUAUUGGACAAGGGUAUGAUCCUGAUUUAUUUGAGGUUGUGACAAAUAAAGGUGGAGUUAUUCUUUAUGAAAACAACAGUGUUAAAUAUACUGGACCAGUUCCCAAACGUGAUUUACCUGCUGCUUGUCAAAUUCAAUGCAAGGUUCCUCCAGAAGCCCCAGGAAACGAGCCUACACAGUUCACCACAGAAAUCACAACCACUGCGUGUGAUGGGUCUGAUAUAACUGCAACAGGUGUUGUCGAUAUUACAACUGAUGGAGAAGGUUCUUGGUUUACUACCACUUCGUUUAUUUCAUUUGAUGAUAUUUGCUCUAUUGAAUCAUCAUCAACAAGUAAAAUCUCAACAUCUGAUCAUACUUCCUCCUCAAUUAAAUCUAGUUCCAGCAGCGAGGUGGUUACAUCAUCUGCGUUCUCGUCAACUACACCUACUUCGGCAGAGUCUUCUUCAUCUGAAUCUACAUCUGAAUCUACAUCUGAAUCUACAUCUGAAUCUACAUCUGAAUCUACAUCUGAAUCUACAUCUGAAUCUACAUCUGAAUCUACAUCUGAAUCUACAUCUGAAUCUACAUCUGAAUCUACAUCUGAAUCUACAUCUGAAUCUACAUCUGAAUCUACAUCUGAAUCUACAUCUGAAUCUACAUCAUCAAUUUCCAUUUCCUCUGAAUCAUUAUCAACUGAGUCAUCAUUUUCCGAAAUUGAAUCUACAGAAGUAACUUCAUCUGUUGAAGAUUCAACUACUAGUCAACUGUUAUUUACAUCUUCUCAAGAACAAUCGUCAGUAGAAGAGCAAUCAUCCUCUUUAUCAAUUGAGGUGAGCUCCAUUAGUGAAGUCUCCACUUCUGCUGAAUUAUCAUCAAGUGAAUUACCAUCUGAAUCGCAAUCUACGGUAUCUGUUUCCUUUGAGUCAUCAUCUUCAGAAUUUUCAUCAACUGAAACAUCUUCUGCUAGUGAAAAAUUAUCACCAUCGGAAACCAAAUCCAUUGAAGAAUCUUCAACAUUAGAAGAGUCAUCUUCUUUAUCAAUACAAGAGCAAUCAUCGUCUUCACCUUCAUCAUCUUCCAUUGAGUUGAGUUCCAGUAUUGAAGUAUCUUCGCCAUCUAUUGAGCCAUCAUCAGGCAAAGAGUCAAGUCAAAUAACAGUUGUCGAACCAUCUUCCAGUGAAUUAACUUUAUCAUCAGUUCUUUCAUCAAUAGAAGUAUCGACUUCCAUUGAAAUAUUAUCGUCAUCAAAAGAAGAAUUGUCAUCUAUUGAAGAGUCAUCUACAGUUACAGUAUCAUCUUCAGCUGAAAUAACAUCGACUAUGGAAGUGCCAUCUUCAAUUGAAGAGUCAUCAAAAUUUAAAUCGUCAAGUGGCCAGACUGUUAUAUCAAGUCCAACAAAAGAACCAACGUCUGAAGUAAAACCCACAUUGCAAUCAUCAAGUGAAAGUAUUCAAGUAGCUUCUACUGAACCAACACCAAAUGAAUCACAAGCUGUAACAAAAUCUGUCAUUAAAAUUGAGUACACCACAGCUUGUACUGUUACCAAUACUAUGGGAACAACUAAAACUAUUUGUGCCAUUAUAAGUGAAACCGACACUUUGUACACUACUUUGACAACUUUCACACAAAGCAAUGUUCCUGUAACUUUUACUGGUACAGGUCCGGAAACUAUAAAUGCGGUGUCUACGAAGAGUGUUGGUACAACAGUUACAACCAUACAAGGUGAAACUAGAGUACAAACUGAAACUGGUGAAGUUACAUUUACUAAAGGUUUAACUAUACCAACUAGCAAAAAAACCACUGGUGCUCAAACUGAAACAGUUACAAUUACUGGCAAUAUUCAAACUGCUGGCCAACAUUUGACUACUAAAGUUGAGUCUGCUGGAGGUGCUCAACUAUCUGGUGAAGAACAUCAAACUACCAAUGAAGUUAAACCAACAACUACCAGUGGUAAAACAACUGUUGUAUCAAUUGUUAAGCAAUCUACAACUAGUACUCUAGCAUUAUCCACAGGUGGUGUGCAAACUGGAGGAGAAAGAAAGUCAACUUUAAUUCAAACUUCCCAAACCACUGUCGCUGCUCAAACAGUUGAACAUGCCCUGAAAGCAGGUGGUGAAGGUGAAGUACACACAAGUACUGGUACCUUGUUACAACAGCAAACGACAGUUACAUCUGCCAUUAUUUCAGGUUCUUCAUUGUUUGCUACUCCAACAGUAACCAUCGUUGAAAAUUCGUCUUACAUUAUCAAAAUACCAUUAAUUAGUUUAGUUAUUGUAUUCUUUGUUUGGUUUAUUUAA